AUGAGUGUCUCGGACGAGCGCUCAUACUUUACGAGGAUCGAGGGUGCCAUUAUGGCCGACGCCGCCGCCAAAGUUGAAGCCGAAUGUGCACGCGCCGUUGAACGCUCGCUCCCGAACUUUAUCAUGUCCAUGGAAAAGGCUAGCGUCGAUUGUGGUCUGUUAGUGGACGGCGCUAUAUCCAACUCCGACCUAGCUGAACGAGUCAUCGAGGCUAAUAGGGUGUAUGGAGGAACGAAGAAAUUGAUUCCACUGGAUAUCAAGCACAUACGCCCGACACUGUCUCGAAGCAGCACAGCCGGGGGCUACUACAACUACCGGAUCCACUGCAUGCCUAUGCAGAAAGUCGUCCCUGCAUUCAUCGUUCAGAAUCCUAUCGCCCCGGAAUACGUGGCAGUAAUUCCUCAUUGGUAUCUGGACCGAGAUUGGCCUCCGAGGUCCAAACCGACAAAGUUUCACACCUAUCAUAGCCUCGACAUCGCCCUCGUCGGCCCCUACUACACUGCAUUCCCUCCAGAAUGGGUUCCAUUUGUGAUGCCCCUUGACCGUCUCCAUGACGCCUUACAGUCCUUACAAAAUUAUGCAACGGGCGUUGGAGGGGCAAACUGGAAAAAUCCAUACUCAGGCGUCGAGUUCGACCACUGUCCUCGGCCUCGCCUGGAGCCUGUGAGACUCACGCUACCCCAAGACGGUAUUGCCUCCGAUCACGAUGACAUCCUCGCCAUCCAUCGGGCUCUCGAGAAAUAUUCGCAGUCAUACCAAGUCAGGCUUCCACGGACUAAGCCGGGUGCCGGUGAUUUCUACAUCGAGCGCUGCGACAAACGCAGACUCAUUGUCGAGCUCAAACGUGACGAGGUCAAACACAUGGACAAUGGCGACAUUCACAUUCAGUACAUCAAGCAGAGAAGAGUGCGGAAAAAGUCGUUUCUAGACCCACUAUCGCAGUGGAAUCUCUUGUUCGUACUGACAAAGACCCCAAGCCGACUGUUCGUAUUUGCAAGAGACGAGUUGCCAGAGGAUUGGUUCCAGCUUGAUCCACGACAGACAGCGGAGGCGGUGCUACAACACGGCUAUCUGAAUCUUACGGACCACGAGGUACAAUGGAAUAGAGGCACCGAACGGGCCGUGCAAACUCUGGAGAAGUUUCUCGAUCGCUAUAUCUGCCGUGCUGAUUCUACCUCUACGCAGCCUCGAAGUCAAGGUAAAGUGCUGACACCGGAGCUUCGUCGCAAUUUACUUGGCCACCUGCCCGAAGAGGAGGACCACCCCCCAGCCGGGACCCUGACAGGAGCUAAUAAAAUCUCCCAAAAUCCAAGUCGCCGGUGGUCACGUCGAUUAUGGGAAGCCCGGCAAAUGCGAUGGUUAGUGGGGGAGUGCGAGAAGCGGCAUUUCGGAUUGGUAUACGUUCUGGGACAUGCCCAUCCAUCAGGUACUCAUUUGUUUGUCCCAAUACCACUCGACACCAUGUCGAAGCGACCAGACUUGCAUGAAUUGAGCCCGGACACACCGGUGUUGUUUCUGAACUUUGCACCUCUAGACGAGAUGGCGUGGCGAGUGCCGACUGACCAUCGUCGACCAAACUGUUAUCUCAAGGCCACACACGGCUCCACACCGUCCAUGUUCGUUCUGUGCGGAGUCGAGGAAGCGGUGGACACGUAUCAGCAUGGCCGCUAUCUUGUUCCGUCGACGACUUUGGCAAGUGAACAGCAGAUAGAGCACCAUGAGAACAUUAUCCUGAAUGGUAUGUCGAACAUGGGAAAGCAAACCCCCGUGUAUCUCAGCCACGGAGAAAUGAUUGAUACAUAUCGAUUAUCCGAAGAUGAUGUCGUUCCGCGGCUGCGGCGGGUUUCUGAGGAAUUCCAAAACGAGCGCCAUUUGUACAUGGGACGACCCUUGACCGCAGCUGGAGUUACUGUCGACCUCGAGGCCUUUAUCACCAAUCUCCGUACGGUGAACCAACAAUGGAUUCGCUAUUUGAGCCGUGAUAUCGAUGAAAGGUUGAUUAAGCUAGAGGCCAAGGAUUAG